GUAAGCGAAACAGAAAAUGUUGAUUGCGGUUACGCUUUACUAAACUCACUUCAUAGAGACAUGAACAAAUUUCGCUUAACAGAUGGUAGUUCGGUGACUGGAAUAGCCACAGCAAAGGUUUGGACCGGUAUAAAGUUUUGUGGAUCUACAUCUGGUGUUGUUGAUAACGGUGUUGUAACAUCGGUCAACUGGUGCGGUAUUGUUGAUAACAAAAUAUUUCGCAAUCAAAUCUUGUUUAAUGCCACUGCGCGUCCGGGAGAUUCUGGCUCGCUUCUUGUUGACAGAUCAAAUAAUAAAGCUAUUGGACUUGUUUUUGCUGGCUCUGAGAACUAUUCCAUGGCGAAUCACAUUGCUGAUGUCUUAAAGGAAUUAGGGGUUCAGCUGGCAUACGAAAAAUAG